AUGAGCGAGCAUGACGGGGAAGAAGAUGUUUUUGAGGUAGCAAUUGCGGUGUGUAAACGGGGUGAGAACAAAGUGGGUGCGAGUGACGAUAAUGGCGAUUUUUUCCAAGUUCUUGUUGAUGAGCUGAAGAAAAAAGGGCUUAUUGUUGAAAGGGUUGUUGGUCUUCAGAAUGAGUUCAUUAAGUUGGCAGCAACUCAGGAGAUCCUUGGAAAGGCUGCUGCUGAGUUAAAAUUCAGAAAACGGACUUUUAUCGGCAUGGAUUUUCCAUUUGAUUGGGAUGAUGUUGAAGCUUUCAUGAGGCUUCCAGAUGGUUCUUUGUUCAGUUGGUGCGAACGGUUUCAUUGCUACAAUCACUUAAUAUACGGGAUUGUCAACACAGAGAAGUCAGCUAUAGUGCUGAAAUAUGAUGGUAAAGAAAUAGAAUGGAUGCAGGGUGAAUCAUUACUAAAAAAAUUGGAAUCAAUAGCCAUUGCCAAAGAAGUAUUUCCAUUGCAUGAUGAGAAUAAGCGCAAGCAGCUUCUAAGAAGUUGGGCGUUUAACUGGUUAGACUUCACAUCCCAGCCGAUUGAUGACAUAUGCUCGUAUUACGGACUGAAGAUUGCCACGUAUUUUGCUUUCCUUGGAAUGUAUACAAAGUGGAUGUUAUUUCCAGCUACAUUGGGACUCACGGUUCAGUGGGUGGAUUUUGGAUCCUUGCAGUUUGUGGUUCUCCCUUUCUUCUUCAUAUGCCUGAUAUCAUGGGCCGUCAUGUUUUUCCAAUUUUGGAAACGUAAAAGUUCCGCUAUUUCAGCUAGGUUGCAAUUAUAUGUGUCAGGUGGUGCAGAAUCCGAAUAUAAAGCUCCUCAAACAGAACCGAGCUCUUGUCAAUCUCCUACCGAGCUCUUGAAAAAACAAAGCACGGAUAGAAUGAAAGAGAAAGCAACUUUCCAGAGAGAGGAAUGGUUUAGGUGGCUAAUGAGAGUGAGAAAUGAUGCCUUGAUCAUAAUGAGCAUCGUAUGCCUUCAGUUGCCGUUUGAGUUGGCUUAUGCUCAUCUUUAUGAGGUUAUAGGAUCCGACAUUCUCAAGUUUUGUCUCACGGCCGUGUACCUCAUCGCCAUUCAGUACUUCACAAGAAUGGGGGGCAAGAUUGCAGUGAAGCUUAUUAAAUACGAAAACAAUGAAAAUGUGGAGUACAGAGCAAACAGCUUGGUGUACAAGGUCUUUGGCCUUUAUUUCAUGCAAACAUAUAUAGGAAUAUUUUAUCAUGCUUUACUGCACCGCAACAUCGCGACCCUCCGUCAAGUCCUAGUCCAACGUCUGCUUAUAUCUGAGGUGAUUGAGAAUAUAUUGGAAAAUUCAAUACCAUACUUGUCUUACAGUUUCAGAAAAUUCAAAGCCAGGAAUAAGCUAAAACGUGAAGGAGGGUCAUCAAUAACCAAACCGAGUCCCAUUUCAAGAGUGGAGAAGGAAUUUCUUAAACCUGCUUAUUCAGCAAGUGUCGGCCAAGAAAUCGAAGAUGGGCUUUUUGAUGAUUUUUUGGAGCUCGUUUUGCAGUUUGGCAUGAUCAUGAUGUUUGCUUGUGCAUUCCCACUUGCAUUCGCCUUUGCAGCAGUGAACAACAUAGCCGAGAUUAGAGCUGAUGCUUUGAAAUUGCUUGUGAUGAUGAGAAGGCCUGUGCCCCGCGCUGAUGCCACAAUCGGAGCCUGGCUGAAUAUUUUUCAGUUUUUGAUAGUAUUGUCGAUAUGUACCAAUAGUGCACUCCUAGUUUGCAUGUAUGAUCGGGAAGGAAAGUGGAGUUUAUCUCCUGGACUUGCAGCCAUUCUUAUAAUGGAACACGUCCUCUUGUUCAUCAAGUUCGGAUUUUCGCGCAUUGUUCCUGAGGAGCCCGCAUGGGUAAGAGCUGCUCGAAGGAAAAACGCUACUCAAGCAGAACAGAUGUGUUCUAAACAACUCCUGAGGAGCAUCUCGGGAGAUGAAAAUUGGUUCCGAGAGAUAAAAAAGAACGAAUAG